AUUCUGAUUCUGCUUCUGAUCUCACAUCACUUCAGGUGCUGAAAUCAGAGAAGGACAAGCAGAAGAGGCUAAAGGCUAUUACAGGGAGAGCUGCUAAAGAGCUGCAGGAUCUGGAUUUUAUUGCAGAUGACAGGAUCUGUGAUGUCACUGUGCCCAUGACUGGACAGAGAUAGGCUACUUUACUUCACACUAUCUUUUAUAUAAACAGAACAAAGAGACUUUCAAGAAGAGAAUCCACCAACAACUGAAAGCUGAUGCCGGAGUACGAGAAGCAGCAGGAGCUGCAACUGACAUUGCAGACAAUGAAGGAAAGCUAUGAUGAGAAGGUGCAGAAACUGAAGGAAGGACAUGUGCGUGCCCUGGAGGACAUGACGCAUUUCUACGAGGUCAAGCUGCAGGAGAAGGAGCUCGAGCUGUGUCAGUGUCAGGAUGCGUCUCGGCAGCAGUUACGAGAGUUUGAGGAAAUAAAGAAGCAGAUCGAGGAAGACGGCGACCUUGAGCUCCAUGACAUCCGAGUCACAUACGAACGUAAACUCUGGGAGAAAAAGGAGGACAACUUGAAGCUCACCGGAGAGACGAGAGUCAUGAAGAAGAAGUUCACCAGCCUGCAGAAGGAGAUCGACGACCGCAACCUGGACAUCGAGAAACUGAAGGUGGAGCAGCAGAAGCAGUAUGGAGUCAUCAGGGCUCUGGAGAAGGACAUCAUGGGACUGCAGAGGAAGAUACAGGAGAGAGACGAGACCAUCAAAGAAAAGGAAAAUCGCUUUUAUGGUCUUAAGAAGAAUAACGAGGAGUUGGAGAAGUUCAGAUUUCUGCUGGAGAACGAGAUCGAUAAGCUGAAGAAGCAAAUCGAGCCACGAGAGAAUGAAGUGAAGAAGAUGAAGGAGCAAGUCCAUGUGAUGGAAGCUGAACUGAAGCAGUUCCAUAAGAAGAGCACUCAUAUGGAGCUCACCAUCUCCCAACAAAAGCUUAUGCUCAAAGCAAUGGAUAAAGAGAAGCAGAAAGAAACAAUGAAGGUCAAGGAUGUAAAAGCUGUACUGCACAGGGUUAAGACCGAUCUUCACAACUGUGUGGGCUUCAUCCAGGAGCCAAAGAAGUUAAAGGAGAACAUUCGACAGAUUUAUAGACGCUAUGUGCAUCAGUCAGAUGUGGUGGAGAUAACAGGAGUGGAUGCUGAUGUUCAACGUGAGUUCAUCAGGCAGCAGGAUCAGAUGCAAAGGAACAUGGACUCUCUCAGAAAAAAAUUAGCAAAAGACAACAAAGUGCAUGAGGCAAAAAACAUCAAGCUCAUAAAGGAAAACACCGCUCUUAUUAAAGAGACUAAUGAUUUGAGGAUGGAGGUGAAGCAGUUGCGAGCACAGAUCCAUCACUACGAAAUUCAGAAAGGCUUCAAUAAGAACAGGUCGAAGAGUGCGACCUACAUCAAGCCGACGUUGCCGGUGGCGCCACGGGUGAAAUUCGAGGGUGUGUCCGAGAACAUCAUCCAGCAGCAGCGCCUCGAGAUCCAGCGGCUGAAGCAGGAAAUACUAGGUCAAAGUCAAGGUCAAGGUCGGGAUCAAAGCUUCGACCUGCAGACCCUGUCUAGCAAUAAACUCUCUGCCAUAAGCACUUAAACACUUCACAAAUCUUGGCCCAAGGGUCUCAGGGGUAAUUCUCCUAAAUUAUUCCUUUAUCUGAAAAAUUCCCGCCUCCGCCUUGUGUGUGUGGAGUUUGCAUGUUCUCCCCGUGCCUCGGGGGUUUCCUCCGGGUACUCCGGUUUCCUCCACCGGUCCAAAGACAUGCAUGGUAGGUUGAUUGGCAUCUCUGGAAAAUUGUCCGUA